AUGCCUCGAGCGAUCAUCUCUCCCUCCGUUCUUGCCUCUGACUUUGGCCAGCUGACCGCGGAAUGUAAGCGCAUGAUUAAGGGAGGCGCAGAAUGGCUCCACAUGGACGUCAUGGAUGGUCAUUUCGUACCAAACAUCACAAUGGGCGCACCCAUUCUGUCCUGCGUUCACAAGGGUGUUCCAGGCAUAUUUAUGGACUGCCAUAUGAUGGUCGCCAAGCCAGAACAGUGGGUAGAUGACAUCGCAGACGCAGGUGGUUCAUUGUACUGUUUCCACAUCGAAGCUACCUCCGACCCUGUCUCCCUCAUAAACACCAUACACAAACGCAACAUGAAAGCUGGCGUUGCCAUUUCGCCUGAUACUCCCUCAACUGCUAUCACAGACGAAAUUGCCAAUGCUGCAGACAUGCUGCUUGUUAUGACUGUAUACCCCGGACGCGGCGGCCAAAAGUUUAUCGAAAGGUGUGUUCCAAAGGUUGCUGAGCUUCGAGCCCGCUUUCCAGAGAAAGACAUCGAAGUUGAUGGUGGAGUUGGUCCCAACACAAUCGGCAUUUGCGCUGAUGCUGGUUGCAAUGUCAUAGUUGCAGGCACAGCCAUUUUCGGAUCGGAGAACCCUAUGGAGGUCAUUCAGAGGUUGAAAGACACUGUCAACGCAGCCCAAGCACAGAGCGGUGCUAAGUACUAA